CAUUAUUGCACAUUUUCUCAAAAGCUUUGUUUUUUUUUUUUCUUUUUCUCUGAUUCAAUAAUACAACAACAAUGUCCACGGAGAAGGAGAGAGAGACCCAAGUUUACUUGGCCAAGCUCUCUGAGCAAGCCGAGAGAUAUGAAGAGAUGGUUGAAUGCAUGAAGACAAUUGCAAAACUUGAUCUAGAACUGACUGUGGAAGAGAGGAACCUGCUCUCAGUGGGAUAUAAGAAUGUGAUUGGUGCAAGAAGAGCCUCUUGGCGCAUCAUGUCAUCAAUUGAACAGAAGGAAGAGUCUAAAGGAAAUGAGAGCAAUGCAAAACUGAUAAAAAAUUAUCGCCAAAAGGUCGAAGAGGAACUGUCCAAGAUUUGCAGUGAUAUUCUCAGCAUUAUUGAUCAGCAUCUUGUUCCUUCUUCCACCUCAGGAGAAGCCACCGUUUUCUACUAUAAGAUGAAAGGUGACUAUUAUCGAUAUCUAGCCGAGUUCAAGACCGACCAGGACAGAAAGGAGGCAGCUGAGCAAUCACUGAAGGGAUAUGAGGCUGCUUUAGCUACUGCAAGCACAGAUCUUCCAUCAACACAUCCAAUCCGUCUUGGACUUGCACUCAACUUCUCAGUCUUCUAUUAUGAGAUACUGAACUCUCCUGAAAGGGCCUGUCAUUUGGCUAAGCAAGCUUUCGAUGAGGCAAUUGCAGAGUUAGACACCUUGAGUGAAGAGUCAUACAAGGACAGCACUUUGAUCAUGCAGCUGCUGAGAGACAAUCUCACUCUCUGGACCUCCGAUCUACCUGAGGAUGGAGGUGACGAAAUCAAAACAGAAGAAGUCAAACCUGCUGAAACUGUUGAGCACUGAUAGGAUACCGCUGCCCCUGGAGCAGUGAAGUUCAUUUGGACCAGAAAAUGCAAAUUAUGGUCACUUCAUAGUUGCUGUGCUCUCGUUAAACCUAGAAAAGUUCAACCUGCGGCAUUUUUUAGUUACCAAAUUUAUUUUUUUAUAUACUUCGUAUAUUUUAAGUAAAGUGGUCAAUUGAAGUAACGGAUAAUUUACAUAUUUUACUUAAAAGCAUCUCUUCUCUUUAUUGAUUACUUUUGAAUUGA